AUGCAACACAGUAGCAAUAAUUCAAGCCAGCGAAAGGGUAAAAGAGAACCAAGAAGAGGAUCUGGAAUACCUGCACUUGAAAUGAUGAUGAGAGAGGAAAAAAGGGCAAAGAAAGAUUCAGAACCAAUGGAUGGAAAUCAACCCUCUUCAACUUGGCAAAAUUAUCUGCUUCCGCCAUCAAACUCUCAAGUUCUUCCAAGUCUUCAAUCAUCCAUGGAAGACCAUGAGGGUGUUAGUAACUCCAAAUUCACCAGGGGGUUCUACAGGUAUGCCAAAUGGGGUACAAAUACUGUGAGGCCCCACUCCAAAUUCCCUCCGUUUAGUAGACCUUUGCUUCCCCAAGAUACUCAAAAUAAUUUGGACUCGAACCAACCUUCAGAAUCGAGUGGACCUCGUCCUAAACCUUUCUACAAUUUCUUAAAAGUGAAGGAGUCGGAGGGAGUCACAGAGGACAUAAAUCCUGGGAGACGUGAAGCAGGAUCAGAUGACAUUGAUCUAAACUUGAAACUCUGA